AUGGCUUGUUGCGCUAUUCGCUGCAUUCUUUUAACUGUCUGCAUCGUUCAAAUGGUAGCAACAAUCCAGAGGCAGAUCCUUGACUUCUUGGGGUAUAUGUGGACUCCUAUAAUUGUGAAUUUUGUACAAAUUAUCGUUGUGAUAAUUGGAAUUUUUGGAGCUUAUCAAUAUAAGAUCAAAUACAUAACUUGUUAUGCCGUAUGGAACUCACUGUGGCUCGGCUGGAACAUUUUUGUGAUCUGCGUCUACAUGGAAACAGGGCUCCUCACCAGAGACACUGAAGUGUUGAACCUGGGCACAGGUAGCCGCAGCUGGUGGCUGGCCAAUGGAGUGGGCUGUGACCCAGUUUACAACACUACGCAUGACGACCCCCUCUUCUUCCCCACCCCUUCUUCGGUCGAAGGAUGCCUUCUCGAGUAUUUCUAUGUCGAGGCCAUCCAAGCAUUUCUCCAGUGCCUGCUGGCAGUCAUUGGAGUUAUCUCUGCUUGCGGGACCAUUUAUGUAAUCACCAGAGAUGAUGACUCCUGUUCGACCAAGCGGGUUCAUGACCUCCCCUACAGCAUCGAGUUCCACAACAAUGUUCCCGGGCCGGGCCCAGACCCCUCAUCUGUGCAGAGGCCCAUGACCCCCCGGAAAGUGAAGCAGCGUUCCACCCGUUCCAAGCGAGGUUCCAGGAGGCGCUACUACCAGAACCCGGUCACCAAGCUCAUCAACAGUCAGAACAACGCCAACUACUACCCGGGCCAGGUGAACCCCACCUUCGAGCCCAACCCAUCGGACGGGGGCUCCUCCGUGCCCAACUCCAUCCUGUUCCUCGACGGUAGGCCCAGUCACAUCUACAUGAACGAAAUGGACACCGUCAUCUGA